CAAAUUAUUAUUAUUAUUAUUAUUAUUGAUAGAUUCUGGACACAGUUUAGAGAGAUAGAGAGGAGAGAAGAAGACAGAUAAAGAAAACAUCUUCUUCUUCUCCUUCCUCUUCCACAAAACCAAACCCAGAAAAUUUUAAAUAUAAAUAAAAAGUUAAAACAAAACCCAGCUCCUUAGGGUUUACACAAUUACACCAAAUUAAACAAUCUAUCAGAAUUUGAAAUUUCCCCCAAAUUGAUUGGAAAAUUGAUUGAAGAAAAAGGAUGAAGAAUAUGAACAGAGAUUUAUUCGAUCCAAGAACAGUGAUGGAUUCAGAAUAUGAUAGGUCACCAAAAGAGGGGAAUUUCGGUUUCGCUUUUAAUGAUAGCAAUUUUUCAGAUCGUGUUCUUCGGAUCGAGAUUAUGGCUGGACCGUCUGAUUCGAAAUCCGAUGUUGAUGGUUGUUGUAGUCUCUUAGAUUGGGCUCGUAAUCGUAAGCGUAGGAGAGAAGAUUUGAAGAAAGAUGCUCAAAUUGAAAAUGAGGAUGAUAAUAAUGGUGCAGAGGUUGCUGUGUGUCCUGAGGAGCAGGUUUUGAAUCAGUCUGAUGGUGAUGAUGUUUUAGCUUGUGAGAACGAUGAUGAGGAAGCCGUCGCAAUGAUUGAAGAAUCACCAUCAGGUGAUGAAGGAGACAAUAGGAAUGAUUCAUCGUGGAGCAUGGAAUGUUCAACAAUUGUGAGAGUUCAAACAUUGCAUAUCAGCUCUCCUAUCUUAGCUGCUAAAAGUCCAUUUUUCUACAAGCUAUUCUCAAAUGGUAUGAGGGAGUCUGAACAGAGGCAUGUGACCCUACGUAUCAGUGCAUCUGAGGAAGCUGCUCUUAUGGAGCUCCUGAACUUCAUGUACAGCAACACCUUGUCUCCAAAUACAGCCCCGGCUUUGCUUGAUGUAUUAAUGGCUGCAGACAAAUUUGAGGUUGCUUCAUGUAUGAGAUAUUGCAGUCGUUUAUUGCGGAAUAUGCCCAUGACACCUGAGUCUGCUCUACUCUAUCUCGACCUUCCGUCCAGUGUGUUAAUGGCUGAAGCAGUUCAACCCUUGACAGAUGCAGCUAAGCAAUACCUUGCUGAUCGCUACAAAGAUGUUACAAAGUUCCAAGAAGAGGUGCUGGCUUUACCCAUUGCUGGAAUUGAGGCUAUUCUUUCCAGUGAUGAUCUUCAAGUAGCAUCUGAGGAUGCUGUUUAUGACUUUGUCUUAAAGUGGGCGAGGGCUCAGUAUCCAAAACUUGAAGAGCGUCGCGAAAUCCUGGCUACUCGGCUUGCACGAUUCAUUCGAUUUCCAUACAUGACCUGCCGGAAGUUGAGAAAGGUUUUAAGCUGUCCAGACUUUGAUCACGAGAUGUCGUCCAAGCUUGUCCUUGAAGCCCUUUUCUUCAAAGCUGAGGCCCCACAUCGGCAACGGAUACUGGCAGCAGAAGAAUCCGCUUCCACAAAUCGUCGUUUUCUAGAACGCGCUUACAAGUAUCGCCCUGUUAAGGUGGUCGAGUUCGAACUUCCACGUCAGCAGUGCGUUGUGUACUUGGAUUUGAAGCGGGAUGAGUGUGCAAAUUUAUUCCCAUCGGGGAGAGUUUAUUCUCAAGCAUUCCACUUAGGUGGGCAAGGGUUUUUCCUUUCAGCCCAUUGCAACAUGGACCAACAGAGCUCCUUUCAUUGCUUCGGGUUGUUCCUUGGAAUGCAAGAGAAAGGGUCUGUAACAUUCGCAGUUGACUACGAGUUUGCUGCAAGGUCGAAGCCCACAGAAGAUUUCCAGAGCAAAUACAAAGGUAACUACACAUUUAUGGGUGGUAAGGCAGUAGGUUAUAGGAAUCUUUUUGGCAUACCAUGGACUUCGUUUAUGGCAGAGGAUAGUCUUUAUUUCAUUGACGGCAUCCUUCAUCUUAGAGCCGAGCUCACCAUUAGGCACUGACUUGAAUUUCUCUGUGUUCAUCUUUCUCUGAAGAACUUCCGGCGACCAAUUUAAUCCUUCAAACUUUGUUUUUAAUUUUAUUUUCCCUUUUAUUAGGGCUUGACAGGAUCCAUACUUUAGGGCAAUGUAGAUGAGCUAACAUGUAAAAUUUUUCUUUUUAGUUUAUGAGAGGUCACAAAUUGAUGGGAUCUUUCUAUGUUGUCCUUGCCAUACCUGAAAAGCAGAGAGAAUCAAUGUAAAUGUGCUUGAAAUGUUUUAUCA